ACCCUACUCCAUUAAUCUCUGUUACUCUAAUACAGCAAUCCCAACUCUCAACUAGUCAAGCUUCUACUUUUUCCAGGUUCCAGAUUCACAAAUCACAAGGUAAUGGCGUCCAGCUCUCUCACUUCUUCGCGUAGCUCUGGCUCUUGGACAGCCAAACAGAACAAAUCGUUCGAGAGAGCCCUGGCUUUAUACGACAAAGACACCCCUGACCGGUGGCAGAAUGUUGCUGGGCUGGUUGGAGGGAAAUCACCAGAGGAAGUGAAGAGGCAUUACGAGAUCCUCAUAGAAGAUCUCAAACACAUAGAAUCUGGCCAUGUUCCCUUACCCAAUUACAAGUCUAGUGGAAGCAAUGGCAAAAUCAUCGGAGACGAGGAGCAAAGGCUUCUGAGGUAUCUAAAGCUCCAGUGAAGUUGAAGCAAGGUUUAUAAACUUAAGUAAUCGCACUUGUAGAUCUGUAAAAAGUAGAUGCAGAUGCGUGUACGAGGGAAUUGAUAUGCUAUGUUUACCUUUGUCUACUUUCUUACUACUUUUGGAGGUUACUUCUUCGUUCUAAUGAAUGUAACAAGGAUGAACCAAUAAAUCUGGGUUUAUCUUCGUUACUGUUGUAAUGGAUUCUCUAAUUCAAAAGCCUAUUUUGCACUUAUCUA